UGGCGGUCGUACUCAGUUACAAUGGAGCAAGAACGGUUGGAAAGCAUCAGCAACUUCAAGAGCGCCUUGGAAAACAUCAUCGCCAAGUACUCGCACGCUUUUGAGAACACGGAUGUGAUUGAUCUGGAGACCAACACCAUCGUCGAGAACUAUGGCCUGAUCGAGAGCUUAGGGAACCCCAAUUCCUCACGCCGGUGCACAACGACGCGCGUGAAGCCGCGACGCAAGUUCACCAAGCCGCGCAACUCUGGCCCCACGUCAUCGCCGCCAUCAUCGACCGAGCAGAAGACAAAGCGAGACAUGCCGUUUUGCUUUGACACAGCGUUUGACAGCGACGAUAGCAGCGACAGCGCGAGCGGCGAUGAGGGCGAGCCUGCACCUGCCAACACACACAAGCCCCAUUCGCGAGGCAGCCCGCCCACACGUGCGCAUGCGCGUGCCAGCCGGCAACACCGCGCCUAUGCCUACGAGAGCGGCGAGGAGAGCGGCGAGGAGAGCGGCGAGGAGAGUGGCGCAGACAAGAACGAUAAGCCCAUCGGUGGUUAUGAAGCCGGCGAUGGCAACACCAACGAUGAUGGCGAUGUGAGCGGGGCAGAGGACAGUGAAGGAGCGCCGGCUUUGUUGCACAUGCGCGCAUGCGAUGCAAGUGCAGCUGGGCGGCGCUGCGUGUCUCGCGGCCGGCAGCAUGGACGCGGCGAUGACGAGCACGUCACCAGCGGAUACGUGAGUGGGGAGGACGAGGACGCGACACGCGAGCUGCACCAGUCGCUGUCACCGGCAUACGGUGGAACGGGCGCACUGGCGCUGGCGGUGCUUGGACGCGACGAGCACGGCGCAGCCAUGGCAGCAUCAGCAGCGGGUGUGGCGCAGGUGAACAGGAUCCUGCGUGCGCGAAUGACACACAGGGAAGGCAAGAAGCGCCGUGGCAGUGACGACGAGGAAGAUGAGCAGGAGGAGGAUAUCAACAGCGAUGUUGAUGGUGAUGACAGGAACGGGGCGGAUGGCAACAUCGACAUCGCUGCUGAUGACCAGCAUGAAGAUGAAGUGCAGACAGACGACCUCAUCACUGCACCCGCCGCCACCACCGCUGCUCCAACGAGCACCCGCCCUCACCAUCGCAGUCGCAGCAGCAAGACCAGCAGGAGCACUAAGAGCAGCAGGAACAGCAAGACUCGUCGAGCGAACAACGCCAAGCGACGUGUGACCCCACGCCCAAUUGAUGACGGUGACGAAAGCACUGCUGACAGCAAUGGUGGUGGUGGCGUUGGUGUUGGGGCAGAGGGGUUUGACAGCGUUUCAGCAACACCAACAAAGCGUCAGCCAAGAGGCCGACGCCCAAGACGCAGCAGGCUGCAGCGCAGUGGCGGUGGCGACGGCAGUGACCGGAAUAUACACAGGAAGGUCGCACGCUCCCUGUUCUCAGAGGGAAUGGGAAGGUGUGCUGCUGCUGCUGAUGAUGAUGAUGAUGAUGAUGCUGCUGCUGUUGAUGAUCAUCGUGAUGACAAUGAUGAUGACACCGGUGUUGAUGGACGGAGUGCCGGUGAGAUUGAGGGCUGCAAGCGUGCCAAGCUCACGUCACCAGCCCACGGUGAAGAUGGUGAAGAUGGCGAUGAUGGCGAUGAUGAUUGCGUGAUGGAUGACGAGAGCGUGGGGGAUAGUGUGCAACAGCAACACAACAGCGCACGAACAGCGAAGCAGCGCCACGACCCCUCCACGUGCACUCUUCUCUUCUGUUUUGACUGCGCCAGCACCAGCACCGACGACUGAUGUCUGUGUGUGUGUGUGUGUGUGUGUGUGUGUGUGUGUGUGUGUGUGUGCGCGCGCGCGCGCGUGCAGUGGCUAAUUGUUGUGUUGCUUAGCUGUUCUUUGUCUUCUUGCACCCGAGUUCUCUUCCUCGUACCUUUGCACGCGCGCGGUGCUUAUGUAGUGUAAUUGCUCCUGCUUUUCGCCUGUGUUGGGGGAUGCUGGCACUGGCUGUGUUUAUGAUCCCAUGCAUACAUGAAAUGAUGAUGCAACACGAA